AUGACUGCACGCACCUUCCGCGUCGAGCUUCCGACGCACAAUCACUCGUUUGUUGUCGAGAUCGCGCCCGAGUCCUCGGUGCACGACUUGAAGGCGGAGAUCGAGCGUGUCUGUACAGGCCAGCCGCGCGCGGAUGCGCAGCGUAUUAUCUGGCGUGGGCGUCUAUUAGCCGACCACGAGAAGGUGGCGGAGAUACGUACGGAGGGUAACGAGCCGACAACCAUACAUCUCAAUGUGCGCCCGAACGGCUGGACCUCCCAGCCACCAAAUCUCUCUCCCUCUGUCGAUACCAGGGUCGAGGUCGCUCCCUCGCUAGUCCAUACGCCCGUCACGGGAAUGUCGACCCCGACAUACGCACAAUCGGGACCGUCCUUCACUCGCCAGCCCGCUCAGUCGGUUAGAUUUGCCCCUGCACCAACUUCACAACAUUCGGCCGGCGCUUCCAAUGGCUUGCAUCCGUCGCAACAACAGCACCACGACCUGUUGGAAGCCUCGAGACUACUCUCCUCCUCGCUUGGAUCUACCGGGUCUGGAGUGUGGCCCCCACCCCUACACCCCCAGCCUUCUCCGUUCGCUCCGUACACCACACCCACCACUGCGCCUAUGACAGGACCGACGCCAGCACCUUUCUCAUCGUCGCUUCAAUCCUCUCAGGCUCCUGAACAACCUCUCCUACCCUCAUACCAUCCUCUGAUGAGCGGCCCUUCUCCCCGAGCGGUGACCGUGACCUACAUCGUCAGCAUGCAUGAAUUGGCUUUACAUGCGCUGCUCACCGGAAAGCUUGAUUACUCCAUUUUGGUCACCAACGACAUGCGCCAAGUGGCCGUGCAGCGUCUUGCGGCACUUGGGUGGUCCUGGCCCGAGCUCUUUGAUACUCCGUUCCCACCAGAAGCGCCCGAUCCAAUAACGCUUAUAUACGAGCAUACAACGAUCAAUGGUGCGCAUUACCUACGCCUAGUCCAACCGGGAACACCGACCCCAGUCCAGGCGCAUGCACUCAAGGUACUCGAACAGACAUUUCCUUUGCUCUACCUUCCUGCAAAUGCGCCAGCCGCCCCCUUGCAACCUCUACCAUCGCCUACGCAAACUGCCGCUGCUCCGCCCGCAAACAAUGUCCAAGCUAUCAAUGAUCGUUUACGCGAGAUAGGCGUACCGGGCCUGCGGGUAGAGCGUGAGGUCGUCUUCGAGAUCCAGCUUAGACCCCUCCUUAUGCCUCUGAUGCUGCUCGUUAUGCGCGCGGCUAUCAUACUCUGGCUUUUCGCACCGUCGGGCAAGCCAAUGAUCACAUUCGCUGUUGUGGCCUGGUUCGUCUACGAGACAUAUACGAUGCUCCGUGCCGCCUUUGUCCGCCUCAACCCUCCGCCGCGCCGUCGCGGUAACAACCAACCAGGAGCGCCACCCCAGGCGCCACAAGCAGCGCAGGGACAAGAAGGUCCGGUGCCCGGCCAGCCACAGGCUCAACCUGAAGCCCCAGGGCAGCCGGGUGGGCCCGCCGCGGCGAAUGUCAACGGCAACCAUAAUGGCGGCGCGGCGGCAGGUGUGACACGGCAUCCGAAUGUGCCGGUGCGCGAGGACUUGCCGUAUUCGGCAGUCGCGUUGGAGAGCGUGGCACAGUUGAACUUAGCGGAUGAGGAGGCAGCUUUGAAUGGACGGAUCCGCGAGGACCCGCCACUGGGGCGGAGGAUAUAUGCGUUCUUCGCCCUUCUGCUGUUCACGGCGUAUCCCGCCUACUGGGAUCGGCGAAGGCAACACCUGAGGCAACGCGAGGGGCGGAUCAGGACUGAGUUGCGUGCGAGGAGAGGGCUGGAGGAGGAGUUGACUGCUAGGGAGGAUACGGAGGAGAGCGAGGAAAUCGCAAGGAGGGCGAAUGAGGCGAGGGCACGAGCAAGGGCGGAGGUGAAUGCUGCGCAUGAGCGGAGGGCGCCGUGGGUGAAAGCGUAUGUAGAGCGUGUUGGGCGCGAUGAGUGGGUGGAUGAGUAG